AUGGCGAAACGUGGCACCGUGUUUGCCGUCGUCUGCAUUGGGCUGGUGGCGUGUGUGCGUAGUGUUGUACUGGCCGAGGAGCGCCGCGGUGGUCCGGUGGACGAGGCAUGUCUCGAUGAUGUCGGCGAAAGGCAGCACUACUCCGAUCGACGCAUCGACCGGUUGGAUCAGGAUCAGGAGCAACGGCUGCUGCUGUUUAAUCGGGUUGGCCGUGGUGUCGAGCGGAUGGAACAACGGAUGGAUCGGUUCGCCGCGUCCAAGACCCGGAAUGGUUUAGGAGAACGUGCUUCGGAGCGAGAAGAAGUGGUGGCCACACGACGAAUGGUGCAGCGUAACGAGCGUGAUAUGGAAACAGGUGAACGUCGUGCAGAGAGGCGCAUUGAUGCUGCGUCCGACCGACUGGAAUCUCGCCGCCAGACGGAGGAACGUCUUCUGAUGGGACGACGUGAGGAAACCCAUCGUGAACGACGUGAAGAGCGUGAAAGUCCUCGUGAGCGAAUGGAACAACGAUUUGAAGCGGCACGUCAUGAAGCAAGACGUGAAGAUCGUCGUGAAGAGACUGACCGUCGGGUACGGGAUGGACGCCGUGUCGAAGAACGCCGGGAAGAUCUUCGUGACGCAGCUGAACGCAUCGAUGGCCGACGAGUCGAAGAACGCCGUGAAGAAAGCAGGGUAGAUCUUCGUGAGGAUGCUGAACGGAGGACUAACGACGCUCGUCGUGUUGAAGAACGUCGUGAGGAUCGCCGUGAAGAUCGACGUGAGGAAGCUAGACGUAUGGAAAAUUAUGAACGUCGUGAAGAUCGACGUGAGGAAGCUGAGCGGAGGGUAGAUGAUGCUCGUCGUGUUGAAGAACGUCGUGAAGAUCGACGUGAAGAAGCUGAGCGUAGGAUUAGCGAUGCUCGUCGUGUUGAAGAACGUCGUGAAGAUCGCCGUGAGGAAGCUAGUCGUAUGGAAAACGAUGAACGUCGUGAAGCUCGACGUGAGGAAGCUAAGCGUAGGAUUAACGAUGCUCGUCGUGUUGAAGAACGUCGUGAGGAUCGCCGUGAAGAUCGACGUGAGGAAGCUAGACGUAUGGAAAAUUAUGAACGUCGUGAAAAUCGACGUGAGGAAGCUGAGCGGAGGGUAAAUGAUGCUCGUCGUGUUGAAGAACGUCGUGAAGAUCGACGUGAAGGAGCUGAGCGUAGGAUUAACGAUGCUCGUCGUGUUGAAGAACGUCGUGAGGAUCGCCGUGAAGAUCAGCGUGACGAAGCUAGACGUAUAGAAAUUGAUGAACGUCGUGAAGAUCGACGUGAGGAAACUGAGCGGAGAAUAAACGAUGCUCGUCGUGAGGAUCGUCGUGAAAAUCAACGUGAGCACACUGAACGUAGCUACGAUGCUCGUCGUAUUGGGGAACGUCGCCAAGAUCGUCGUGAGGAAUCUCGUGCGGAACGUCGUAAGGAAACACGUGAAAAUCGUCGUGAAGAGACUGAUCGAAGGGAAAUCGCUGGACGUCGCGUUGAAGAGCGACGUGAAGAAGCUCGGGAGCAUCGUCGUCAAGAAGCGGAACGUCGAGAAAUCGGCGACCGCCGCGAAAGCAGCGAACGUCGCGAAGAUCGUCGUGAUGUAGAACGGCGUGAACUUAACGAGAAUCGUGAGGAAAAUAGCCAUCGAGAAAUGGCACGCAACGACUUCCGCCGCGAAGACGAACGUCGUGGUGAAAAUCGCCGUGAUCAACGCCGUGAAAACCGUGCAGACGAACACGAACGUUACGCCGAUCGUGUGCGCGAGUCAUGGCGCGAGUUGAACGAAGGUGGCAAGCUGGUCGCGUACCAGCAGGAAAACUCUUUCCUUUACCAGCUUAUCCAGACGGCCGCCAUCGUCGCGGUGCUAGGAUAUUGGCUGCUGAAGGACAAUGUCAACGGGAACAAUGAUGUUGGCCUGAAGAAACCGGCCAUCAAUGGAGGAACUUUUUUUUCCAAGAUUUUUAACAUCUCACCCUCACUGGCUAGCAAUGAAUAAGACUUCCGGGACAAGCAUGACUAAAAAAAAGCAAGCAUAGUAUGUUAUAGAACAACACAUUCUAAUCAGCCCAUAUAAUAACCAGUGCAAAUGGAUAGCCCCUGAAAAUCCGGCAGGCUAACGAGGAACAACAGCAACUUAACGAAUAGUUCAAAAUAUAGUACGCAACUAUUCUAUGUAUAUCUUUGUAGUUAUCAGGCCAUGAUGAUGCUUUCUGAUUUUUAUUUUCUAUUCGUUUAGCUACUUUCUAGUAAUCCACCAUCAGAGCAGCUAUCCCAAAAAUGCAGGAAAUGUUAUAAGCUAACGAAUAUAAAUUACUAUCUACAAAAAGUGACAUAUUUCUAAUCACAGCAUUAAUUAUGGGGGUAAUAAUGGCCAACGUCAAGAAAAUGCAUGUGAUACUGGAGGGUAAAAGCUAACACGAUGAAUCAUCUCAAGGACCCUAUUCCGGAUGCUCUGGGAGGGUUAGAGAUGAUUCUAAGUAGGCUUUGCAAGAAAAGGAUUAAUUAUAGCAGGCGAAACAAAUAUCUAGAACCCUUCUUUUCCUUCUUCUGUUUUUAUUUGGAGGUACUUCAGGUUUGAUGAAAAUGUCAUGCCAAUACCACUUGCAAAUACUACCCAAGAAAUGCUGUUGAAUAAUAAUCUCUUAGUAAACCAGCGUAAGAUGCUUUGCCCGAUAGCUUUAUCCUUGUAAUGCGUGCUCGAUUUAGAGGAAAACUCGCGCUAAAAUAUGUAUAUGUAAUAAUGCAAACCCAGCAGCAGCAGCAGCAGUAGCAUCCAGCAGCUCCAUGUGACCAUUAUGCACAGUACUGGUGGCACUUAACAGAUGAACUUAAUCCUCCACCCAACAACGGGACGACGACAGCAACGACAACGAUGGACCAGGGAGACGGGCGACGAUCUAGUAUGCCGUAAAGAAAUCAUUGUUCAAAGAUUAAUAAAGCAAACCAUAUAAACAUAUAAAUAUAUAA